GGUAGAUCUAAGUGUAUGAGUAAUUAACUUCUUGCAAUCCGUGACACUGUUAAGUAAAUGUUCAUAAGAGGUAUCGGACAUCCCUAAGUGGUUCCGGAACAGCAAGACUGAACGGCGAGUAAAGGACCGGGCUAAAAUAUGUGAACAUUGACAUUCCUUACAAAUGAUUUAAUCAAGUGGAUCUUUAGGUUUGUAAAAUACAGUUAAAAUGUAACCGAUUUGAAGUGGCUUUAAUCUUUCCUGGUGGUGUAUAUCUAAACUAUUUCAGUUUACUACAAUGAUGCGCAAAAAGACCGAGGGUUAAAAUCUCCUGAAACAUUAACGACACGGGAUAUAGUACGAUGGUGAUCAUGAAUAUUUCAACAAACUCGACGGGUCACAUACACAACCUUGAAGAACUGGAAUAUUCCGAAUUUAUAGCGGAAUAUCUCCCAAUAUUCCUUUACCUCUUAAUCCUAGGAAUAGUGGGUACUUUCGGAAAUUUACAUGUUCUUCUUGUCUACUCUCAACGUUACAAACCUUCAAAUCACCGUAUAUUUAUCUUGUGGUUAGCGGCUGUCGAUUUAUUCUCGUGUACUGUGAGUAUUCCAUUUGAAAUGUACGACAUUAGAUACAGGUACACAUUCACGGCUUCUUGGGCUUGUAAAAUAUUCCGUUUUCUCAACCACACAGCAAGUGUUUCUUCUGGAUUUCUUCUCGGAUUAAUAGCCGUUGAACGAUUUCGAAAGGCAUGCCAGCCAACCAAAGUUCAGAUGUCACUCAAACAAGCCAAAAUAGCUUGUAUCAUAACAUUACUUGUGAGUUCCAUUUUAGGUGUGCCAGCUGUUGUGAUAUAUGGCGCCAAUGUAUCUGCGACCUUCCAUCCGGGUAUUUUAGCAUCAGAUUGCACAAGUCUGACCAAAUAUAAAUCUUACUUUAAACUCUACAGUGGAGCUUUGUUGCUCUUCUCAACAUGUGUGUUUGUUAUGUGUAUCAUUAUAUACAUUUGUGUCGGAAAGGUACUAUAUAGGCAAAUGCAAUUUCGCAAAAGAGCCCAGUUACGUCGAAACAAAUUGAAUGCGUUGUCGUCUUACUCUUUGAAUACUCACUGCUCAACAACCAAAUUAGCGACACUGGGGUCGAUGGCUUCUCUUGACAAAGUCGAAAUUGAGGAUGACCCCUCUAGUUUAAACACCGAACAUUUAAAAGUGAAUAAGAAUCACUCAAGCAAUGGCGUAUCACAGAUUCACAAGAGGAAAACCAAAAUCAACCGUUCUAAGAAAAUUACAUUAAUGUUUCUAGUAGCAACAAGUGUGUCGUAUCUAGGUUAUUUACCUAAUACAGUGUUUUCGGUCAUCAAGGCACUUGACACUGCAACAUUUACAGCGAUAUCGAUGAAACUUGGUGCCUCUGUUUUCAUUCUUCUUCGUUUAUACUUUAUUAGCAAUGUCACCAAUCCAAUUGUGUACAGCUUUAUGGACGAGCGAUUUAGGGAGGAAUGUAGGCUCUAUUACAGUAAAUUUAAACAAUUGCUUUUGAAUUGUCUGAGAUGUAAAAAAGAUUAAUUUUGUUAUUGUCAAUUAUAAUUGUUUGUAAAAUUUUGUAUUUUUAAUAUUUGUAUUAUUUUUUAAUGAUGUAUUGCAUUGGGCAAAUAAAUGAAAUAAUUUCAUUUUUAAUGAA